UCCCACCCGCAGUCCAACCCUCCAGUGAAGAGAGGCGAGCAGCUGUUUCCUCGAAGACCCGAGAGCUUUAUUUCUACAGCGGCCGGAGAAGACAUGGCCACAACCGGAAGCGCGCACCUGGGGGCGGUGGACCUGCACUGUGAGCCCAACAACACGGAGCAUCACACCGAGGAAAUUGGCACGGAAAGGCUGAUCGUCCGAAGAGGGCAAGCGUUUCGCCUGUCCGUGGAGUUCAAGCGCCCAGCGUUCGUGGAGGACAAAGACCAGCUCAAACUCUUCCUGGAUACAGGACCCUCGUCGUCCGAAGCCGGGAGAAUCCGCAUAGAAGCCGUCAAGUCGACGGCCAAGCGGGGUAAGUGGACGUACAAUGUGGAACCCGCCCGGGGCAUCCUUCACCUGACGGUGCGCAGCCCGGCUAAUGCAUGCAUCGGCCUCUACACAAUGCAGCUGCUCUUCUACCCGAGUGGAGGGGAAGGUUUGCAACAGGUUGUUGCAGGGACCUUCUACCUUCUCUUCAACCCCUGGUGUAAAGAGGAUUCUGUGUACCUGGCAGAUAAGGAUCUCCUGGAGGAGUACGUUCUGAACGAGAAUGGAAUCGUCUACCGUUCCUUCUGUCUCCCAUUGUUAUGGAACUUUGGACAGUUUGAAAAAGAUGUCAUCGAUAUUUGCUUUGAAAUUUUGGAUAAUAGUCUAUCUGCUCUGAAAGAGCCUUCGUCUGAUGCUUUGAAGAGAUGUGACCCUAGCUACAUCAGCAGAAUUCUGACUGCUAUGGUGAAUUCAAAUGAUGACAAGGGUGUACUUUCGGGAAGGUGGGAUGGUGAAUACGAUGAUGGGACACCCCCCACCAAAUGGAAUGGGAGUCUCCCGAUUUUACGCAAGUGGAGCAGUACUGGGGCUGAGAGAGUCCGAUAUGGGCAGUGCUGGGUCUUUGCAGCUGUAGCUUGUACAGUUUUGAGAUGUUUAGGAAUCCCAACUCGUUGUGUUACCAACUAUUCCUCUGCUCAUGACUGUGAUGGCAAUCUGAAAGUGGAUCAUUACUUUAAGAGUGACGAUUGUACACGUACGCUUCCAUCAAGGAAGGACUCAGUAUGGAACUACCACUGUUGGGUAGAAUCAUGGAUGACCCGUCCUGACCUUCCCUCUGGCUUUGACGGAUGGCAGGUGUUGGACCCUACUCCCCAAGAAAGGAGUGAUGGGAUAUUCUGCUGUGGUCCUUGCCCUGUCAAAGCAAUCAAAGAAGGGCACUUGGAUAUCAAUUAUGAUGCCGUGUUCAUCUUUGCCGAGGUCAAUGCAGAUGUGGUUUACUGGUUUGUUAACAAAGAUGGAACAAAGAGGGAGCUGUCAGUCAAACAAAACCAAGUGGGAACACAGAUUGUUACUAAAAGUGCAUUCUCAGACAAAAGAGAAUAUAUCACAUUGAAUUAUAAAUACCCAGAGGGUUCCAAAGAGGAACGGGAUAUCUACAGCCAAGCAGGAAAGACAAUCCAACCCACCAACACACAGUAUCAAAGUUUAAUGGUCAAAAUCAAGCAAGUUUAUGCAGUGCUUGGAAGUGACUUUAGUGUCUACUUUGAAAUAGCUAAUUGUGGCUUUGCCGACAAAGACAUCCAUAUGGUUCUAUCUGCAACCGCUGUAACUUAUUCUGGGGCCAUUUUAAAAGAAUUCUGCAAGAGGUCAACUAAAUUUAUGUUAAAAGCGGCCUCAGAAAAAAAAGAAGUUCUGAGACUGCGAUAUGAAGAUUACGGUGAACAUCUCUCUGAGCACAAUUUAAUUCGAUUGACGGCCAUGCUUCUUACUGAGGAUAUGUCUGAAGUAAGCCUUAAGGAGAAGGAAGUAGUACUUAAAGUGCCUCAGCUUGCUGUGAAGGUUGAUGGUGAACCAAUCCUCCAUAAAAAUUUGGCUGUUCAAAUAAAAUUUGUAAAUCCUCUUCCGAUCUCAUUGACUAGAGGUGUCUUCAGUGUGGAGGGCAGUGGACUCACAGAUCUACAGGAAAUUGAAUCGCCAAAACUAAUCAUCAAUCUUGGAGAAGAGGUUGUGGUGACUGUAACUAUUACACCAACCAAAACUGGUUUGCGGAAGCUCAUUGUGGAUUUUGACAGCAACAGACUCCGUAAUGCUAAAGGUUUUGCCAACAUUGUUGUCAGACGAGCUUAGCAAACAGGCUCUGGUAAUUUUACUGGUAUUUCAAAUUAAAUGCAGAAUCAGCUCGGAAUCUCGACAUGGUGCAAUAGGACAUUUGUUUGAUAGAUUUAAAUGCUAAUUGAAGGUAUAUUUUGUACAGAAAUUAUGUUUUUAUAGAAACAAAGAGCUGCAGAUGCGUGUUUAUACCAAAGAUAGACACAAAGUGCUGGAGGAACACAGCAGGUCAAGCAGCAUCUCUGA